AUGUAUGAAAGAUUUCAAAGAGUAGAAAGGGAGUUGGAAGAAGAAAAGAAGAAUAAAACUAGUGAUGAGUCUGAGAAAGGUGAACACGAGCAAUCUUUGCAGAUUCACACUGAAGCUAAUCCCAUGCAGAGCAUGGCUGCAGAAUCACAAGAUGAUUCAUCCAAUGAAGGAUCCUCUGCUGAUGGUACCAAGCUUCUGAAAUCGAUGACAUCUCUGCUUUCCUCUCUUCAGACAAAUGUGAUGGCUAUGGGAUCAGAUGUAGUAAAUAUUUUGAAGACUCAGAAAGAGGAAAGAAAAGAAGUUGUUGAGUGUGUCAAUAUCCUUAAAGAAUUGGAUAAUACUCUGAAGAAGAAUACGUAUGAGACUCAUGUUGCAAAUCUAAAUUUCUCCAAAUUUGAAAAGGAGCUCUUCAGUCGGCAAUCUGAAAUGAUGAGUCUUGAAAGACAAAUCAAUUUUGAUAAUCAUCGAAGUUUGAGAAGAACAGAAGGUGAAAGGUUGGAGUAUGCUGACUCCAUUGCAAGAAAGUUUCAAGAGAAAGAGAAUGCUAAAGCUGCUGCUGAAAGAGAACAGUCUCGUAUCACCCAAGGUGAGCCUAGCAGAAGAGGUGACGGUGUAUCAACCGGCACCAAAUAUAAGUGUGCGCCAACCAACGAUGAAAAUCCAAGGCCAACCAAAAGAGGCGGAGGUAGAAGCGGUGGUGAUCGCAGAGGACGAAGCAAUAGUGGUGGUCGUGGUGGGCAAUCAGGUAAUGAUCGAGGAGGUCGUUCCAGUGGUAGUGAUCGUGGUGGGAGAUCAAGUGGUAGCGGUCGUGGUGGUCGUGCUCUUCCUCCGUUCCAAAACCUGCUAACUGGUGAAGGAAUAAGCGGUGGAGGUUUCAACUAUCCAAUCGAUCCUCGAGUGAAAAGGGAAGAACAAUGA